CAGGUUUUUUACUCAAUUCAGGCUUUCCCCAUGGAAAUCUGUAGCAGUUUCCAACCUUUUAUGGACGUGAAUACGGGGGGAAGCCAAGAAUAUCAAGGGAUGGAUGAAGAUGAUGUUUUCUAUGCAGUGAUUAGGAGGCAGAUUCUGCUUUUGAUGGCGGAUGAUGAUGAAGAUCGUCCAGAAAGGGCUCACCGGCAAGGCUCAAACAGGAUUGUGGGCGGUGUUUCUUCUGGAGUGCAAGCUCCUAGAAGCUAUUUCACCUGGGAGAAAACAGAAAAAUCUAAUUCUGUGCCAACUUGGCUUGUGAAUUUGUGGAAAAAUGGCAAUGGAACAGGAGUUUCCGUCCCUUAUAUUGCCGAAACAAGAAGAAAGAGACCAGGGAGGAUGAAUAAUGAGAGGCGAAGAAUAUACAAGCCGGUACACAGCAACCACCCAUGAACGAUGACUCUGAAAUAAUCUGAAGGAAAAGAGAAAUGUACAGUAACCCUUUUAAUAACUAAGUUGGUUUGGCUGCAGUUCUGAUUACACCGGAUUCUACUGCUGUAAUUAAAAACUCAGAUAUACAAAGCAUAUUCGAUAGUUCACUGAACAAUAUACCAAAUGCAAGUUG